AUGAAGCUCUCUUCCUUCCUCACGGCCCUCAUCACGGCCCUCGCCGCCCCUGCCGCCGCGGCCCCCGCCAAUGUAACCAUCACCACCGACGUGGCCCUUCUGAACUCGACCAUCACCGUCCGGCAGGACGAGGGCCCGAUGCCUGACGUCUGGUGCACGGUCCACCAACCCGAUCUGCUCCUCAAUUACAGGGUGAUCGUCAGGAAGGUGUCCCGAGAUGAGAUUGGCGACUUGUGCCAGGUGCUCUGGAAGAAGCUCGCGAGGCAUUGGUUCAUCUGUACCGCCAUCAACCCCUCUUGUGAACACGCCGAGGUCGUCCCCGGCGAGCCGUCCAUCGAGUGGAAGUUCACGACCUGGCUCAGCUGCAAUGCCGGCGCCAUUGCGUCUGCGUACUGGGAGGCGACGAAGAACAAGUACGGGGCGAUGGAUCAGAGCGGUUGCAACUAG